AUGACAAUUACAACUGUUCGGGAUCUAAAGAGAAUUCUUCCCAAGGUAAAGAUUUUGGGAUUUGAUCACAGAAGAGAGGUGCUGUCUGAGAUCUCAACAGUUUUGUCUCAGCACCAAUACCUUGAGGCGGUGAUGGACAGAUUUGUCUUAAAUAAUGGCACAGUGAAGAACUUGAUAAGUUUGACUGGAACUUGUAUGAAGGUAAGGAACCGUUACAACAUUCCAGUGUGUUUAUGGCUGGAGGAAAGUUAUCCACACACUGCACCCACCUGCUAUGUGAAACCAUCCUGCGAAAUGAAGAUUGUGACCAGUAGCGUCAACAGCAAUGGAGAGAUCCGCUUGCCUUACUUAGAUGAGUGGAGACAUACGCAGUGUGACCUGCACAGUUUGAUUCAGGUUAUGAUGACCGUGUUUAGUGAGGUCCCUCCUCUUUGCAUGUGUCUUGACCCAGAAGACUCAAGUCCAGUGCACCCGCAAAUCAAGUCAAUGGAGGAAUUCUCACAUGUGACUCUAGAUGAGGAUCAUCUUCUGUUCCUCAAAGGCAAUGAAACCAACUGUUAG